AUGAAUCCUCCAAGCCAAGAAAAGGCCGAGUCAUGGCGCAUCAACGAAGAAGCGCCAGCGUCUGAACUAAGAGCCUUAACCGAAGAUGGCCUCCCCUGCUACGACCCGGUAAAGGUGAAGAGGACGCUGAGGAAGGUGGAUCUGCGCCUGCUGCCCAUGCUUACGGCACUGUACCUCCUGGCCUUCCUGGACAGGGGAAACAUUGGCAAUGCCAAGGUGGCCGGGAUGAAUGCGGAGCUGGGGUUGACGGGGACUCAGUAUAACAUUGUCCUUUCGCUCUUCUUCAUUCCCUACACGCUGUUUGACGUACCGAGCAACAUCGCUUUGAAGUUCAUGCGGCCGUCUAGGUGGAUCUCUUUCCUCGUCACGUCAUGGGGUGUUAUCAUGGCCUGCCAUGCCGGUACCAGGGGCUUCGGAAGCCUUGCCGCAACCAGAACAGUCAUGGGAAUAUUCGAGGCGGGCUUCUUCCCCGCAGCAUCGUAUCUCUUGGGGGAGUGGUACUGUCGAUUCGAGUUGCAGUGGCGUCUAUCCAUCUUCUUCUCGGCAGCGUCCCUGGCUGGCGCCUUUUCCGGUCUCCUCGCAUCCGGCCUGCAGCAGAUGGAUGGCAUGAGGGGCAUCGGCGGAUGGCGCUGGAUCUUCAUAGUCGAGGGCGCUGUGACGAUCCUAGUCGGCCUUCUGGUCUUGCUGGUCUUGCCGGAUUAUCCUGCGACAUGCACAUUUCUCUCCGACGACGAGAAGUCCAUAAUCCGCGCCCGGCUGGAGCAGAACUCAGGAACUGCCGCCGGACGUGUACAGACAGACGACGAGUAUCGGUGGAAGACGAUCAGAUCCGCCUUGGUGGAUUGGAAGAUCUGGUUUACCGUCUUCAUCUACUGGGGCCACAUCAUCACCAUUAACGGUUUCACAUUUACUGCGCCAACCAUCAUCCUCGAGCUGGGAUAUACUUCGACGCAAGCUCAGCUACUCACCGUUCCCGUUUAUGCGCUGGGGGUCUUGAGCACCCUGGUAACAUCGUGGUUUGCGGAUAAAUGUCACAAGAGAUGGCCCUUCAUUGUCGGGCCAUAUGCUCUCGCAUUAUGUGGCUUCGUAGGGCUAAUGGCGAUACCGCAUCCCUCUCUCCCCGGGUUGACAUAUGCAUUUCUAUUCGCCAUCCCAGCAGGCGCCCAUCCUUCCGUCAUCACUCUCGUCUCGUGGAUCUCGAACAAUCUCGCGCCGUCAUGGAAACGGGCGAUGGGACUUGCCAUCAGCAUCAUGGUGGGGAACUUGGGCGGCCUGGUGGGCUCGAACAUCUAUCUUGAGCGGGAGGCUCCGACAUAUUGGACAGGGUACGGUGUUUCGGCUGCUUGCUUGGUCAAUGCUAUAAUAUGCACUUUUGUUCUGCGCUACGUGUAUGCGAGGGAGAAUGCGAAGAGGGAAAAGAUGUCGGAGGCAGAGAUACGGGAAAGGUAUACGGAGGAGGAACUUCUUGAGAUGGGCGAUCGCUCGCCACUCUACCGCUACGUUAUCUAG